UCCAUUUCUGACCUGGAGAGACAUACAGCAUAUUAUUGUCAGGACUUCACGUACAGGACAUCUGAAUGCUAACGACUGGAAAACCAAUGCAGCUGGUUAUAAGGUGAGCCACCUCUACGGAUUUGGACUGAUGGAUGCUGAAGCAAUGGUGAUAGAAGCAGAAAAGUGGACAACAGUCCCUCCACAGCAUGUGUGUGUGGAGAACACGGAUCGGCAAAUCAAAACUAUACGGCCUGACAGUGUUGUCCGUUCAAUUUACAAAGCCACCGGCUGUUCAGAUAAUCCCAACCACCACGUGAUCUACUUGGAGCACGUGGUUGUACGCAUCACUAUUACUCACCCUCGACGUGGAGACUUGUCAAUUUACCUAACCUCUCCUUCUGGAACUAGGUCACAGCUCUUGGCCAACAGGUUAUUUGAUCAUUCCAUGGAAGGAUUUAAAAACUGGGAGUUUAUGACUACUCACUCCUGGAGUGAAAAAGCAGCAGGUGACUGGAUCUUGGAAAUCUGUGACACUCCAUCUCAGCUGAGAAAUUUCAAGACUCCAGGCAAAUUGAAAGAAUGGUCCUUAGUACUGUAUGGAACAUCCAUCCAGCCUUACUCACCAAGAAAUGAUUUUCCAAAAGUGGAAAGAGUGCGCUUUAGUCUGCUCGAAGACCCUACAGAAGAUUAUGGAACAGAUGACUAUUCAGGUCCCUGCAAUGCAGAAUGCAGUAAAGUAGGGUGUGAUGGGCCAGGACCAGAUCAUUGUAUUGACUGUCUGCACUACUACUACAAAUCUAAGAACAACACACGGAUCUGUGUUUCGACCUGCCCACCUGGUCACUACAAUGCAGACAAGAAACGCUGUAAAAAAUGCUCACCCAAUUGUGAAACCUGUGUUGGAAGCCAUAGUGACCAGUGCAUGACCUGUAAAUCUGGCUACUACCUGAAUGAAGUAACCAAUAGCUGUAUUACCAACUGCCCUGAUGGGUUUUACCUGGAUAAGAAUAAGAUUGUUUGCCGAAAAUGCAGUGAAAACUGUAAGAUAUGUGUUGAAUUCCAAAUCUGCACAGAAUGCACACAUGGCCUAAGUUUGCAUGGCACCAAAUGUGCUAUCCACUGUGAAGAAGGAAAAUAUCAUAAUGGUAGGGAAUGUGAACCGUGUCACCAUUCCUGUGCGACGUGUACAGGUGCUGGAGUAGAUGCUUGUAUAAACUGUACGCAGGGUUAUUUUAUGGAAGGUGGAAGAUGUGUGCAAUCCUGUAGUAGUGGUUAUUACCUUGAUCACUCUAUGGAAAGUAGAUACAAAAGCUGCAAAAGGUGUGAUGCCAGCUGUUUGGAUUGCAGCGGUCAAGGAGACAGAAACUGUACGAGCUGUCCAAGUGGCUUUAACCUAGACACUGGUGUCUGUGUAGUGGGAAAAGUCUGCAAGGAUGCCACGGAAGAGUCCUGGGCCGAGGGAGGAUUCUGUAUGCUGGUGAAAAAGAACAAUCUGUGCCAGCGGAAAGUGCUUCAGCAACUGUGUUGCAGAACAUGUACACACAAUGGGUGA